GGGCACCCGCUCGUCGUACGACCCGCUCCCGAGUCCCGAUCCGACUCGUCUUCCCAUCCGAUCGUCCCAGAUACCGCCAUUAAUACCACCACCCUCCGACCUCAAGGAAGCCACGAACGAACCUCGAAUCCACCCAAACGCACGACACCAAUCGCCCCACACCGUUCGACUUUUUUAGCAGCAGCAGUAUCGUCACCGUCACCAUGUCCGGCAACGCGGCGGAGGCAGGCGGCGACGCCGCGCAGAGGACGAGGGCCGGCACCAACGGCGUCGGGGCUAGCAGCAACCGGAUUCAGGUGUCCAACACCAAGAAACCGCUCUUCUUCUACGUCAACCUCGCCAAGAGGUACAUGCAGCAGCACGGCGAGGUCGAGCUCUCCGCCCUCGGCAUGGCCAUAGCGACUGUUGUGACAGUAACAGAAAUCUUGAAGAACAACGGUUUCGCCGUCGAAACAAAGAUUAGGACAUCUACUGUGGAAAUCAAGGAUGAGAUGAGAGGGCGACCAAUCCAGAAGGCUAAGAUUGAGAUAGUGCUGGCGAAGAGCGAGAACUUCGACGAGUUGAUGGCCACAGCUGCGGCAGAAGCAGCCGUAGGCGUGGUCGACGAGCAGAACUAAGAUGUUACCAUAGACAUAGCCAGACUGGCUUUAUUUUUCUUUUGUUAGGCUUGGUUAACUUGGGUGCUGCCUGAGGAUGGAAUGUGUUUACGAUGUUCAUUUAUCUACCAAUGUCAACAUUAGUAGUAGUAGAAUUUAAUCAAUGCAACAUAUAUUUGGAUUAUUGGAUAUAUGUAAGGCAGCUUUUGCUAUUUUGGUAGUAAUUGAGAGUUGUACAAUUGCUGACAUAAUUGAGAACGUUAUUUUCAA